UAUGUGGCACAGAACUGGUAUAAAAGUCACUGAGCAGCAGGUUUGUCCAGAAAGGAUCUGAACCAUCUCCCAACAUGAAGGUUCUGCUGCUGCCGCUGCUGCUGCUCCUGCUGCUGUGUAGCACUCAGGUGCUCACACUCAGAUGCUACACCUGUGAAGAUGAGAAUGACACCAUCUGCAAGAAGGAGACACAGUGUGACGAUUCUGCCCACUACUGUAGGACCUCUGUGCACCAUGAGACACUGUCCCGGACUUGUGAGGUUUUCUGUGCUGAAGACUACUUCACAACCUGCUGCAAAGAAGAUCUGUGCUACAAAUGAUGCAUUAAUCAGCUCUUCAUGACUUUCUCUUUCAAAAUCAAAAAUCACACAAAAAUGUUAGUUUUUUUGGAUCAAUUGGAUGUUUGGCGAGAUGAUUUGUUUGCAUGUUAAAAUGUAACAUGGCAGUCUUGUUUUUGAUUUUUACGUUUGAUUGCAAUAUCAUUUCUUAAACUGCAAAACACGCUGGGAGCUAAAAGCAGGGCACACACUCUUAAUCUGUUCCUGAUGUCACUUAAUGGGUCACUGCAAGAGCAUGCUGGUAUAUGGGUCACUGUCUGUCACCACUCUCGUGCAGUGCUGGACUCCUGUAGUCAUGUGUACAAAACUCAUUAAAUAAAAAAUGAGAGAAAAACUGAA